UUAACUGCACUGUGCAGUCUAUAAAACAUCUAGGUCAAAAUGAAUGGCUCUAGUGAGCAUGGGAUACUUGGGACAGCAUUUUCCAAACCAACUCUGUCGGAAAAAUGCAAAGAACUCACGAAAAUUAUUGAUGAAAAUACCCCAAAGACGCUGCAUCAUAUUUACCCCCACCUUAUCCAUACAAUGUUUGGGAUCAUAACCCCAGGUUGGGGAAUCCCACAUAUUAACCCACGUCAACAUGCGCUCGAGUUUAACCUGCUCCGAAACUUUUUUGGUGUUGAUGGACCAAUGCUACGAUUAGUGCACAAACUACAAGGGGAGAGCAUUUUAUUAAGAUAUGAUUUCCCAUUAAAUAUCCUUCCCCCUGCACUAUCAUACAUGGGCCCGGUUGAAUCAAGUGGGUUAGGUUACCCAGGAAGAGCCUUUGGAAAUGCUCCAUACACAAGCACAGCAACUUUUCUAAAAGGACAAACUUGUGUGCGUGUGUCAGCAUUUGAGUUUUACUUUUUCCACUUCGCGCAUGUGAUAAUUAAUCUACUCCCACCACCCCAACCGACUAAGUCACCAUUACUACCUGCGUUUCAAUCAAGAAAACCAGUAGCAGUUGAUGAUAACUUAUAUUGUUCAUUGGUUGAUGACUAUCUUGGCUACUUUUUACCUAUUGAUGGUUCAUACCCACCCACAAUGCAGUCGCCUGUCUCUAAUGUUCAAACACCCACAAGGAGCUCUCCAUGGAUUUCUCACAUAAGUUCAAUGAUAAGAAAAUCACCUACCAAGCAAACAGAUAACCUUGGUAUCACUCAAAAUGAAAUCUGGAGAUCAGACACUUUAGUUAGAGUGUUGGUUGAAUUUUGGCUUGGUCAAACAACAAGUACCAGAAUUAACUCUACAGUAAAAUGUCCAACAGAAGAAGUAGCGUAUGCGGUCCGAAGAUUGAUAAAGCAUAUGCAUUAUUUUCAAAAUGUAAAUAGUUCUUCUCUAAGUUAUUCUCACCUUAAUGAUACAGUGAUGGAGUCUUUCAAGCAAAAUAUAUCUUGUAACUUUCUACAGCCACGCCUGCUAGAGUUUCUUGGCUACUGUUUCAACGUUUGGCCUCUUAAUAGCUCAUUCAGGAUUAUUUUGGAAACCUGGCUAAGUUACAUUCAACCUUGGAGAUAUGCUGAUGCUUCAACAGUUGGAAAAAAUGUGGACAUGCGUUUGAGUACUGACCGUCAUGUUGCCAAUGCAUGGUAUCACUUUAUUGCAAGUAAUUUACCAUUUUACACACAACUACUUAAAGAGUCUUUGACAAGGUAUCUACGCAUGGACCUAAGCAAGCAAGCUAACUCCUUGUUGUUGUACAGAGUAGCAAAAAUAUUUAAUCAGCCGAAUCUUAUGGAAAUGAUUGAAGAGGCAGAAGAAGCUCAGUAUGGUGGUAUACCAGCACAUAUGCAUUCUCCUUCACCUGGCAGUUACAUUGCUUCUGGAAGAAUAAACGAUCAUAAUCCUAUCAAUGCCACUGUCAUAUCAUCUCCUGAGCUAAAAGAAAUAGUCAGCCAAUUGCUAAUGGUUUGCCAGCAGGCAUUGGGAACAGUUCAAAAGCUUCUUGAUAAAAACAAGCCUGAUUUUUCGACUCAAGUUCUCAAGUUUAUAGGUUUUGGUGACUUGUGUGAAGUUGGACCUUCAAAUUUUAACGAAACAAGCUCAAAGAAGUCUGCACAGCAACUUGCUGAUUCAAUGCAGCUUUUAUCUGAAAUAUUUGAUGUGCAAAUUCCAGAGUUAAAUGAAAGUAUGAGGUCAGUUGACACCAACCAAAGUCAGAAUCCUUUAGGUACAGAUGCUCCUGACUGCUCCCUUGGUGAGGAUGGUGUGGUCCAUCUGUCUUCACUGGGAAGACAUGAAAUAAUAAACAACAUUAAAAAGUUACCCGUUUCGAUAAAAUGUGAGCCUGCAUUGCAACCAAUACGUAGUUAUGAAUGUGCGACUCUUGUAAGAGUUUUGCAUUCACUCUCAACUUAUAUCAACAAGAAGUAUGAAGCAGAGUUCAAACAAUUUUGUUCUUUGCCUGGUUUCAGCGGGAAAUUUGCAAAAUUUAUAUUUAAUAUUCCACAUUCCCCAAAUACAGUUGAUUCAAACCAAUUACCGACUAUUAGUUUUCGAUUUUUUGCUCAUUACAGAACAAUUUUUUACACCGUUAUGUUUUUCCUGCUUUGUUAUUUGUUCGAUUAUGGAGUUUUUCGUUCAUUCGCUUUGUUUUUGUUUUUAUCUGCAAUUUAUUUAAUAUUAAAAGCAGUGGUGCUUGAACUUAAAGUAAAGCACACACAUUGAAUGAUACUGUGUAUAUAGUAAUAGUGGUAUUGUUUCAAAUCCAUUUGAACUGCCAAUUUCACUUGUUUGUCGUGAACUGGCUUGUUUGCAUUAUUUUAUGGAACAUUAAACUGGCUGCCUGAAAAGCAUCCACACAUUAAUUGUAUUUUAUUGUCCAUUUAUGACUGAAAGUGGUGUUUUUUAUUCUUAUUAAAUUCUUACAAUUUUCAAAAA